UUGGAGAAGCUGGAGGCUCCUCUUUUGUUUCCUUCGGAGCUGAGGCUCUCCACCCUCUGUGGGGACAUGGUGCCACACCUGCACAGUGCCAGCCCACAGGCCCUCACCAACCUGGCCCCCAGCAUCCAGGGGUCCAUCCCCCAGACCCUCACCAGCCAAGUCUCCAGCCCAGCUGGAGAGGCCAAAGACAGCACCCUCUGCUGUUCAGAUUCAAAUGACCAGGAACCAGAGAAAGUGCUGCUGACAGCCUCAGUGAAGCAGCAGCCAGUGAAGUCAGUGAAUGGAUACUACCAGCUGACUGGUGUAGUCUCUCAUUUGGGAGGCUCCGCAAACUCCGGGCACUACAUUAGUGACAUCUUGCAUGCCAGUGGAAACUGGUUCUGCUGUAACGACAGCCAGGUGUCAAUGUCCAAUGAAGCCACUGUGCUGAGGACCAGAGCCCGGAGUGCCUACAUGCUCUUCUAUAUGUUCAGGGCAAGAGAGCGGGAGGCCCCAGCACACAGGGCCUAACAUGGCCACCUGCACCAGCCCCAGCCUAAACAGGGGCAGCACCUGGACCGGCCUCCAAACACUCAGACAUGCCUCAACAGGGGCAGGACCUGGACCAGCCUCAACACACUCAGCUCAGCCUCAACAGGGUCAGCACCUGAACGAGCCUCAACAGGGUCAGCACUGGGCCCAACAUCAACAACCCCGAGCCCAGCCUCAACAGGGGCAGCACCUGGCCCAGCUUCAACACCCCCAGCCCAGCCUCAACACACUCACACCUGUCUCAACAGGGGCAACACCUGGCACAGCUUCAACACCCCCAGCCCAGCCUCAACAUGGGAAGAACCAGGCCCAGUCUCAACAUGGACAGAACAAGACCCAGCCCCAACACCCUCAGCCCUGCCUCAACAGGUGCAGCACUCAGCCCAACUUUAAUCAUGCGGAUCAAGGGAGACUUGCUCUUCAUCACUAGCAUGAACAUUCUUUCAGUAGCUUAUGUCAUAAAUGCCUCUCCUUGAUUUGA